AUGGCGUCUGUCGGAGAUUCGCUUCCAUACACGUGUAAUUCGUGCUUGGUAGCUUUCCGCAGCAGUGAUGCCCAAAGAGAUCAUAUGCGCAGAGAUUGGCAUUUGUACAAUGUUAAGCGACGUGUUGCAUCGCUUCCCCCCGUUUCUCAGGAAAUCUUCUCGGAGAAGGUGCUAACAGCGAGAGAAACCUCAUCGGCCGCCGCAGCGAAGGCUUCAUUCGAGAAAACAUGUGAUGCUUGCCAAAAGACUUUUUACAGCGAGAACUCCUACCAGAACCACACGAAGAGCUCCAAACACAAGUCGCGUGAGCAUUCAUUGAAGAAGAGGGGACUCGCAGAUGAUACAUCUUCUGUCCUUAGCUCCACGUUCUCGCUAGGCGAGCCUAUCAAUAAGUCUGUGGCUGGCGAGACCGAGCCGGCUGUCUCCAAUGUCACAAAUGGGUUGAAGAAUGCCACGAUUCAGGAAGAGGUAGAAAAGGAGGAUGAAGACAUGGAAAAGGAGGACGGUGCCGAAUACUCCACGACUAGUUGUCUGUUUUGCUCCGAUAUUGCCGCUGAUGCCAAUUCAAACGUUGAUCACAUGUUCAAGACGCACGGAAUGUUCGUUCCAGAGAAAGAUUACCUCGUUGAUCUUGAUGGUCUUAUCCGUUAUCUGCACGCGAAGAUUGCGGAGAAUCAUGAGUGCAUUAACUGCCAUGCCAUUCGGUCCACAGCCGCUGGCAUCCGUACUCAUAUGCGAGACAAGGGACAUUGCAUGAUUGCGUUUGAAUCGGAUGAGGAACAAGUUGAAAUUGGACAGUUUUAUGACUUCAGAAGCACGUAUUCUGAUGACGAGGAUGAAGAAAUGACUGAUGGUGCUGGAGGUGUCCCCGUUACUAGCUCAGAUGCCGAUGAGGCAGGCUGGGAAACCGACGACAGCUCUGUCGCCUCUGAUGGUGAAUCUAAAGCCUACCGAGGCGCACAACCAGUGUACCAGACAGAUUAUGAACUGCAUUUGCCAUCUGGUCGCAGUGUUGGCCACCGGUCUCUAGCCAAAUACUAUCGCCAGAACCUUCACAACUAUCCUAGCGCCGAGGAGCGUUCUGCUCGCCAGUUAGCAAUCGAGAAUGGUGAACUAGAAGAAGAAGAAAACCCAAAGAACGGACGGAACCAACACAGAGCCUUGACUUCUCGGGCAAAUGGAGGUAUGGGCAUGAUCGGGGCUACGGACACUCAAAAGAUGGACGCUCUGGCCUCGGAACGACGAGAAAGGACUCGUGCUCAGCGAUCAGAGAAGAACUAUCUGGCAAAGAUCAACAGACAAGCCAACAGCCAGAAACACUUCCGGGAUCCGCUCCUCCAAUGA